UCCUGCAAAUUUAACAAAACCUGGAUUUUCAGUCUCAGAUUGCUUUGUUCCGUGUUUCACAACCAGAACCCUAAAAUCUAGCUCCAGUUUCCAUUCGGAGUUUUAUUGUGACGCACCGUCACAAGAAUAACCGGUGUUUGGGUAUUCCAAUGUGACCAUUGUGUGGCUUGACAUGAUGAGGAUGGACUUUUUAUGAGGAUAACAUUGGUAGCUUUGAGCAGCAUAGUCUCCCAUCAUGUUGCCAGGGGCAGUACGUCACUCAGUCCCUCUGUGGCGCUCUGCUUUGGCCUCUGGCUGCUUCCAGUGUGAGGCAGGGCCAGGGAGAUGGCUGCUGAGACGGGUCCUGAGGAGAGCCUACACCUCCACAAGAGCAAGGCAGGCUGCAGCAGGGGACAGUGCCCCUGUGUUUUCCAGAGCCCAAGUGUACAGGGACAAGCUGGCCAUAGUGGAUGACAGUGGGAGCCACAGCUACAGGGACUUGUAUGGCAGUAGUAGGGGCCUGGCUGGGCGUAUCAAGGCAGCUCUGGACUGUCCCUCUGGGGACCUGCAGGGGAAGCGCAUCUCCUUCCUGUGUGCCAACGAUGCCUCGUACACGGUAGCCCAGUGGGCAUCCUGGAUGUGUGGCGGCACGGCCGUGCCUCUCUACAGGGAGCACCCUCCGUCUGAGCUGGAGUACAUCAUCUCUGAUUCCCAGAGCUCCCUGCUGGUGGCUGGGCAGCCGUACGCAGACACCAUGGAGCCCCUCGCCCACAGACUGGGACUGCCCUACCUGCAGCUGCCCCCCACCUCCAGCCUCAGCUCCCUGCUGGAAACCCCAGAGAACCAGCCUGAGCCUGGCAUCACAGACUGGGCCCAGCGUCCUGCCAUGAUCAUCUACACCAGCGGCACCACAGGCAGGCCCAAAGGGGUUCUCCACACUCACAGCAACAUUCAGGCCAUGGUUCAGGGUCUGGUGUCAGAGUGGGGCUGGUCCAGAGAUGAUGUCAUCCUUCACACCUUGCCCCUGCACCACGUCCACGGCAUCGUCAACAAGCUGCUCUGCCCUCUCUGGGUGGGUGCCACCACCGUCAUGCUGCCUACCUUCCAGCCUCAGAAGGUAUGGGAGGUCCUGCUCAGCUCCAAGGCUCCUAUGGUGAAUGUGUUCAUGGCUGUUCCAACCAUCUACUCCAAGCUGAUCCAGCACUAUGAGCAGCACUUCACCCAGCCACGCGUCCAGGACUUUGUCAGGGCUGCCUGCAAGGAGAGAAUCAGGCUGAUGGUGUCUGGCUCGUCCGCCCUGCCCCAGCCCACCCUGCUACGCUGGGAGGAGAUCACAGGACACACCCUGUUGGAGCGCUACGGCAUGACAGAGAUAGGCAUGGCCCUGUCCAACCCCCUGAAGGGUCCUCGCAUCCCAGGUCACACAGACAGAAGGAGAAAAUGCCUCAGGAGAGGGGAAUGUGUGUGCAUUCAUAUGUGUUGGUGGUCACAUGUAGGAGAAGGUGCAGUCGGUGUCCCUCUUCCAGGAGUGGAGGUUCGCAUUGUCAUGACGAACGCAACCAGCACCACCAUCGCCGAGGGCAACAGCAGAGAAACUCAGGUGCGUCCAGGGUUGGAGGGGAAGGAGGGGGAGCUGAUGGUGCGAGGAGACCAGGUCUUCACAGAGUACUGGAACAAACCAGAGGCCACCAGGGAGUCUUUCACUGAGGACGGCUGGUUCAAAACGGGGGACACAGCGGUCUAUAAGAAUGGAGUGUACUGGAUCAUGGGCCGCACCUCGGUGGACAUCAUAAAGAGUGGAGGCUAUAAGAUCAGUGCUCUGGAGGUGGAGCGACACCUGCUAGCCCACCCUGAUAUCACAGAUGUGGCUGUGAUUGGUGCUCGGGACGCCACCUGGGGACAGAAGGUGACAGCGGUGGUGCAGCUGAAGAGGGGGCGGAGCAUGACACUGUCAGAGCUGAAGACCUGGGCCAGAGAGCACAUGGCUCCAUACACCAUCCCUACAGGCCUGGUCCUUGUGGAGGAGAUGCCAAGGAACCAGAUGGGGAAGGUCAACAAGAAGGACCUACUCAAGCACUUCUUCCCCAGCUAACUAGUAGAGAAGCCUGCACCUCCUUCACGGCCCACCUCCUCCACGACACCUCCCUCCAGCAGGAGCAGAGACCCUCCUCAUACUACAGUAAACCAUCGAGAUGAGCUCCAAGUGACUGACUCACCAGACAGUGGUCUGGGGAAGAAUGAAGAGACCUCAUUGAGGAUCCCACUAACUACACCACUGACCCCACUCAGCUCUGAGUUACCGUAGGACUGUUCACUGCUGGGCCUGGAGGCACUGAGCUCAACAGUGCUGUCUUACACGUGAUUAAACUACUGUGGAGAUAUAUUUAGUUUGGCUGCUAUGACAGAGAACUGAUUUAAUACGAUAAGGCUGCGGUGCCUUCUUUAAAGACUGAGUGCUGCGAUCAUUAGCAUGACUGGGGAUCAUGGCAUGAAUAAUUAUGCCAACACACAAGUACAUUAAGAAACCGUGAAAAUGAUAAGAGCAGCAAGAGAUCCUUGACAUUAUACACAGAAGAAGAGAGGGGAGUACAGUGCAUUCUUAAAUUGCUUAUAAUUACAAUCCAGAUGGAUACCCUUGAAUUGGCAAUGAAGUUUAUUUUAAUGUAAUAAAAUGGAUGAUGUAUGGAAA